AUGAAUCCGCUGCCGCUCGAUACGUUCGGCUGGAGAUCCGCUAGGGCUUCCGGAAAGGGCAAAAAGUGGCCGAUGUGCUUAUGUCAGCGUGUGCCGCUGGAGGCUUCUCGGAGCCGAUUGGCCGGGGCGACGGGGACCUUCGCAUGGGCUUUCCCGGAGCGGAAAGGCGGCGAUGGUCCAGGCCCAAGGCGGUGGGACGCAUGCUGUUUGUCUGGCUGUCAAACAGCAACUCUGCGAAAUGCCGCCAGCAGGUUUUUGCGCAGGCUGUCGCGCGAGGAAAAGAGAGAGAGAGAGAGAGAGAGAGAGAGUCACCACCAGGGGACAGUCUGGCUGCAAUCAAUUCAAGGUCAGCCAAGAGAUAUCAGGUUAAGUUUGGAUCCGUUUUGGGCUGGUGCCGUGCAAGAUAAUCCAUCCAUCUCCGUGGAGCCACCCCAAACUGUGAUGGAGUACUCCGUAGAGCUGGUCCCAUGUCGCCCCGGGUUCCGGGUUGCCAAUCUGUGGGAUGAGGUUCCGUGGAACUGCAAGCCACCCCAAAUGCCGCCGGCGGGGUUUGGACCAUCAGAACCAAAGGGGAAAGAUGAAGCGCUGGGUAUCCAAAACAAAAACACAUGUUUGAACUUCCCAAGACUUAGACGACAGUCAUGCUAA